AUGAACGGGCAGGAUGGCUUGUCGUCAUCCUUUGUGGAGAGCGUAGCGGGAUUUACGGCUGGAAUUGUUUCUACGUUGUGUCUCCAUCCGUUGGAUUUGAUCAAAACUCGACUGCAAGUUGACCGAUCCUCGUCCUCUCGAGUGGGUGGUUCGCUUCGCGUCGUCCGCGGUAUAUACCAGAAUGAAGGCGGCGUCACAGCUUUCUACCGUGGACUGACGCCCAAUAUCAUUGGCAACUCGACCAGCUGGGCCCUUUAUUUCUUGUGCUAUGGUAAUAUCAAGACUGCGACGCGUACUUGGCGCAGUUCUCGGGAGGAAGAACUUACCUCCUCCGAUUAUUUUCUUGCCUCGGGGGCCGCUGGAAUGCUGACAUCUCUAUUGACAAAUCCUAUCUGGGUCAUUAAGACUCGCAUGUUAUCCACUAGCUCUAGGACGCCCGGAGCGUAUGCGUCUUUCAUCACUGGCGCUUCACAGAUAUAUCAUUCAGAGGGUAUUCCAGGCUUCUAUCGCGGUCUCCUUCCAGCACUUUUUGGGGUAAGCCAUGGUGCGCUUCAGUUUAUGGCUUACGAAAAGUUGAAACUGCACCGGAUCAAGAUGUCAUCUGCGACAUUGCCUAACGACGACUAUGCGGGAUCGGCACAAGUUCGGUUGCGAGGACUCGGUAACCUAGAUCUCUUCAUCAUCUCUAGUCUUUCGAAGAUAUUCGCCGGGUUUGCCACAUAUCCAUACCAAGUGUUGCGGUCUCGGUUGCAAACUUAUGAUGCUCAUCUUAUGUACCGGGGGGUCCAGGAUGUGGCUUUGCAGAUCUGGGCCAGAGAGGGGGUGGCCGGUUUCUACAAGGGUCUGGGGCCAAAUAUAUUGCGGGUGCUGCCAAGUACAUGGGUGACCUUCCUGGUGUAUGAGAACACCCGAGCAUAUUUACCCGAACUGAUUUCACGCGCAUAA